UACAGUGCGAGUACUGCUGUGUUUGGACUUAAGUUAUACUGACAGUAGGAGACAUGGGCUGUUUUUAACCAAUUUAAACAGAGGAACUAACUCGGACUGUUGCAACUGCGUACCCAAAACAGUGAAUGAAAGGAUUAGUAAGACGUCUGUACGCUGAUUGUACAAAGAAAACCAUUAUGGAUCCCACAGCAUCUGGCAUGUUUUGUGGAAGGAUGCUGAGCAUGGUGAACUCAGAGGAUGUGAAUGCCAUUAUCCAAGCUCAGAGGCACAUGCUGGAUCGGUUUGAAAAGACAAAUGAGAUGCUCCUAAACUUUAAUGGGCUGUCGAACGUGCGUCUGCAGCAGAUGAACGACCGGUUUCAGCACCACACACGGACACUGGUGGAGAUGAAGAAGGACCUCGACAGCAUCUUCAGGCGAAUUAGGACACUUAAGGGCAAGAUUUCAAAACAGUACCCAGAUGCCUUUAACAGUAAGUGCUGUUCCAAUUGUUUUGAUGACUCUUUGUGACUUACUACACUGUAUUGGCUAAUACACCUUUUUAA